CAAAUAUGGAAUCUGAUCUCCUUUGAGCAAGCGCCGCCCAAAACAUUUCGAGUCCUUCUUCUGUACCCGACCACACCUUUUCUCACUUUACCGCAAAAGUUCACCGUUUUUAUAACUUGCGCUCAUUGCAUCGAAAUCGAAGCGGGAAAUCAUGUCAGCCCAUGGCCAUCCAGAUAUGACCAUUCGCAGCGCGAUCAACGAAAAUCAUAGCAGAGGGAGCAGCAUCAGUCUUAACAAACCAAACAACGAUACUGGCUCCAGCACCGGCGUGGAUGACAGAAUCAGUGCCUAUCACAACAGCAACAACAAGAACGACAUGGACGACAUGGACGAAUGUGUUGUUGAGGCUGAGGACAACUCUCCUUCGAGGUUCUUGUACUUGCUGAUCACUUGCCUGGCGAUCGGCGGCUUCCUCUUUGGCUACGACACUGGUGUCAUUGCCGGCGCAUUACUUCCGAUCAAAGAGGAGUUUGGGCUGAACAGCCAGGAGCAGGAGUUUGUGGUUGGAGGUAUGUCUUAUGAGAGAGUAGACCAUCAUGGACCAGAUGGAGGAUACGCCGUUUUGACUCGUUGGUUUGAGAAAAGGGCUCUCAGCAGUAUCCCUCGAUCCCAUUCCCUUAACCCACCGGUCUCCACUAUGAAUUAGACUACCAUGUUGUUGUUGUUGAUGUCACGUAGCAUCCUGUGUCACUAUGCAGC